AUGAAUUUCAAAUGCGUUGUUGCCAUUAAAACUAAAACUAAUUGCAAAUGCAAUAUUAAAAUAAAUGAAAUCUCAAAAUCAUUAGAGUUACCUUCUUAAGAAGCAUAAUUUUUUGAUAUUUCGUAAUUAUACUAUCUAACUUAAACAAAGUUACAUUCCUGAUCACAUUCUAUUUGAAUUUGAAAACAUUGCUGUGUUGACUAUUCCAGUACCCAAAGAGUAAACAGAUGAAAUUGAACUUACUGAUUAAUUUCAAUUAAAAGACUUGAAGGGAAAAUAUUACAUUUUAUUUCUUCUAUCUAAAGAUAUUAAAUUUGAAGCCAAUCAAUCUCAUCAAAGUCCUUUGAGACAUUAUUUAAAGUCAUACAAGACUAGAACUAAAGAGAGAUAACAAAAGGUAAAGACUUAAUAAUUAAUUAAUUAAUAACCUAAUUCCAUAAAAUAACAGAACUAAAAUGAACUGUUAAAAUAACAAUAUGAAACAGUUAAAGAAGAGAAUAAACUAUUAAAAAUGAGAGAAAGAAAUGAUUAUUUGAAUGAAUUAGAAAUUAGUUAAGCAAAAAGAAAGUAAUUACAAUAAUUUAUUUCAUAAUUAUCUGAAGAUUUAACAAAUUAGAAUGAAACACUUUAAGAAAAACAUAUUCGAUAAUCUAAUGAAUUAAUUGAAUUAUAAUAGAAAUUUGAUGAUCUUCAAUCACUUUCCAUAGAGUAAUAAUUAAAAAUUGAAUAAAUGCAUGAAAUUAUUCAAGAUAAAUAAGCUACAAUAUAACAUUUAUAAUCAAAUAUUGAAAAUCAAGAUCAAAAUAAAUAGAUGCUUUAACUUUAUGCAAAAUAGAAGAAGGAUCUUGAAUAGGUUUUAUAAUAGGUAUCAAGUUAAUAUGAAAAGGAUUUAUUGGAUAAACAAUAAUAAAUUUAGAGAUUGAAAAAUGAAGAAGUAUUAAUAUAAAAUUAUAAAAUAGGUUAAUAUAUUAAAAGAUAAAGAACAGAAAUUAGAAUAAGAGAAUGAAAUUUUGAAAUAGAAAAUAUAAUCAUAAGAAGAAUAAUUAGAAGGAUUAAAUAAUUAUAUCAAUUAAUAAAAAGUUAAAUUAAGUCUUGUAGAAUAGAAAAAUUGUUAAAAUUAAAUAUUUGAAUAAUUAAAUAUUUAAUUAGAGAAAGAUAUAAUAAACAAAGAUAAAUAAAUUUAUAAAUUAUAAGAUGAUAUUGCACUUUUGUAAAGAUAAAUAGGUUUUUAAUAAUUUCAUUAAAAUGAUGAACUUGAAAAAGAAAUUAGAUAAUUGAAAGAACAAAUUGCAAAAUAAUUAUUAUAAAUUAAUUCUUUGGAGAGUGAAAAUACUAAAUUAAAAACUGAAAAUUUAAAAAUUGCAGUACUUCAAUAAAAUCUCUAAACUCUUAAGAUUUAAUAUACAAUCCCUGAUUUUCCUGAUUUAAAACCUUUAAAUUCAAAAGUAACUUAAUUUUAAUCCCAAAUUGAAAACUAAAUGAAAGAAGUAUAUAUAUAUUUUAUAAUAUAAUAGUUAAACAAUUUAAGAUAAACUAUUUUUGAUUUAAGUAAAAAGCAUGAUGAAAAAGAAUUACACAAUUCAUAAUUGAAAACUAUGAUGACUUAAAUUGUUGAAUCUAAUUAAGCAUAUAUACCAGCAAAGGGAGAUGACUUAGAUUAAUAAAUAGCAAAUUUUAUUAAUAAUAGAGUUGAUAAAGAGAAAUAUAUACCAUUAUUAAAAAGACAAUCUGAUGGAGUUUAUUUAUAUGGACACAAAAGGAUAUUUAUUAAAUAGGAAUAAGGAAAGAUUUUGAUAAGAAGUGGAGGAGGUUAUUUGAAUAUAGAAGAGUUUCUUGGAUUGAAUGAAAGUAAAAUGAAAGAUCUUACAACUGAUGUUAUUAAAAGAUAAGCAAUACAAAAAAAGACUGAAAGAAUGAAAACGAUUACUUGA